AUGAAUAAAAUAAAUAUUUCAAUUGGUACUGAACUUUAUCAUGAUCUUGAACGAAUAUGUCGUCAUCGUUUACCAUCACAAAUACUUUCAAAUUUAUUUGUUUCGAGUUUAUUAAAAUCUGAUAGUAUUGAAUGUUUUCAAAUCGUUCGUUCAAUGUUAUUACGUAAUCAUAUUCCAUUAAUUAUUCAAGCAGCAAUAGAUUAUAUUGAUUCAGCAAAAAAUGGACAAGAUAAAUCUAUUAUUCUUGCUAAACAUUGUUUGGAUUUAAUUGAUGAUCAAUAUUUAGUAGUUAAUGAACGAAAUUUAAUUGAAUCACAAAAUAUUUGUGAUUUUUUUCAUUAUUCUAUAACACCUCUUGAAAGUAAAUAUAAAUAUAAAUAUAAUUAUCCAUAUUUAUAUGAAUUUUCUUU